AUAGUAGUUUAAUUUAGAAGCAAAGUUAUUGUUAAGUUUUAUAGGUUGGAUUCUUUCCUUAUUCCUUUCUUUAUCAGGAAUUUGUUCUAUCCCCACUUUCAGCAGUGUAAAUACAAGUAAUCCCACUUUGCCUUCCUUUAUCAUAUUUCCUUGCGUUGCAAUGUUUAUUAUAUCCUAGCAAAUUGCCUAUUGCAUUCAGGUCCUUCAAUUUAUUAGUGUCUUGAAUUUUCUGCAAGUGUUUGUGUUAAAAACAGAAAAUUCAGAAUGGCUUCUAGAAGGAUUCUGAAGGAGCUCAAAGAACUAGAAAGAGACCCACCUAGUUCUUGCAGUGCAGGUCCAGUGGCAGAAGAUAUGUUUCAUUGGCAGGCAACAAUUUAUGGUCCGAAUGAAAGUCCUUAUGCUGGUGGUGUUUUCCUAGUGAACAUUCAUUUUCCACCUGACUAUCCCUUUAAACCUCCUAAGGUGGCCUUCAAGACAAAGGUUUUUCACCCAAAUAUUAAUAGCAAUGGGAGUAUUUGCCUUGACAUACUAAAAGAGCAAUGGAGUCCUGCACUCACCAUAUCCAAGGUCCUGCUAUCAAUAUGUUCAUUGCUGACGGAUCCGAACCCAGAUGAUCCAUUGGUUCCGGAGUUUGCACACUUGUACAAGACUGAUCGUAACGCAUACGAAACCAUGGCUCGUAAUUGGACUCAGAAGUAUGCCAUCUUCUGAGCCUUUCUUUUAUUCUAUUUUCUGGGACAAACAAUUCCUCUAAGCAUCAUGUCUAUUUAUGUGUAACUGAAUUAUUAUAUGGACAAGUAAAGACUGGAAACGUAUUAAGCAAAACACAACAUUUUGCCCAAUUAUGAUCUUUCAAUAAAGUUGUCGAAUUAAAAAAAACUUGGAGGGAAAAGGCCAAAAGGAGUAAAAUAUGAAGUAAUUUCUCUGUAUAAUAA